GAGAAGGGGAAAGUGCAGAAGUGCGCUCAGAUCAGACGCUUUGGAGGAGCAGCUCGGAGUUCAUUAUUUUGACUGGUUAAACUCCGUGAAAGGGAAAGCUGCAACUUUUCUGCAGAAUUUAAUUUAUUCUCUUUUUCUUUAGGUAUUUGUGAGUUUAAUGUGUGUGAUGUUUACAAAAGACGCAUCAGGAACUCACGGCUGGUUUAUCUGAGUUCUGAUCUCUUGACUUGAGGAAAAAUCUUUUUUUCUUUUUCUUCCACUUCAACACAGAUUGUUAAAUACUUUUUUUCGUGAAUGGGAAUUUGUUUUCCAUCGCUCGGAUGAAAAGGCACGUGUGAAGUUGACUGACAAGAAAACAGUCCCUCCAACCUGCAGACAGGUACUGUGUGUGUGUGUGUGUGUGUGUGUGCGUGUGCAUGCGUGCGUGUGUGUGCGCAUGUGUGUGUUGGCCAGCUCUCAUGGUCGCAGCUAGAGGCCCUCACCUGUGAGAGGAUCGAAGCGCCUCACCAUGACAGAGGUCCAGGUUCCAUGGCCGCAGGGCACCGAGUGCAUAGCCAGGUACACCUUUAAAGGCACGUCUGAGCAGGACCUGCCCUUCAACAAAGGAGAUGUGUUGACUAUCAUUGUUGUCACAAAGGAUCCAAAUUGGUACAAAGCUAAAAACACUGCAGGCCGUGAGGGAACUAUUCCAGCAAACUACGUCCAGAAAAGGGAAGGUGUGAAAUCUGGAGGCAAGCUGAGUUUAAUGCCAUGGUUUCAUGGGAAGAUCACCCGGGAUCAAGCCGAGCGUUUGCUCAACCCUCCUGAGACGGGCCUGUUCUUGGUUCGAGAGAGCACCAACUUCCCGGGUGACUACACUCUGUGUGUGAGCUGCGAGGGAAAGGUGGAGCACUACCGCAUCAUCUACGCCAAGGGCAAGCUCACCAUCGACGAGGAGGGCUAUUUUGAGAACCUCAUGCAGCUCGUGGAGCACUACAGCAAAGAUGCAGACGGCCUGUGUACCAGACUAAUCAAGCCUAAGGUGGAGGAAGGAACGGUGGCCGCUCAGGAUGAGUUUUCCAGGAGUGGCUGGUCACUCAACAGGAAAGACCUCAAGCUGGACCAAGUUAUUGGAAAAGGAGAGUUUGGAGAUGUCAUGGUGGGAGACUACAGAGGGACUAAAGUGGCUGUGAAAUGCAUAAAGAACGAUGCUACAGCGCAGGCUUUUAUUGCAGAGGCUUCCGUCAUGACGCAACUACGGCACGAUAACCUGGUCCAGCUGCUCGGAGUGAUCGUCGAGGAGAACGGCAGUCUGUAUAUAGUUACUGAGUUUAUGGCCAAGGGCUGUUUGGUUGACUACUUACGUUCCAGAGGGCGGACGGUGAUCGAUGGAGACGCUCUCCUGCAUUUUGCGUUAAAUGUCUGUGAAGCGAUGGCCUAUCUGGAGGCCAAUAACUUUGUGCACCGAGACUUGGCAGCGCGAAACGUUCUGGUGUCAGACGAUAGCAUCGCCAAAGUCAGUGACUUCGGUUUGACCAAGGAGGCGUCGUCCACUCAAGACGCCGCUAAGCUGCCCGUGAAGUGGACCUCGCCAGAGGCCCUCAGAGAAAAGAGGUUUUCCACCAAAUCAGACGUUUGGAGCUACGGUAUUUUGCUGUGGGAGCUUUACUCUUUUGGCCGAGUUCCUUACCCAAAAAUUCCAUUAAAAGAAGUGGUGCCUCGGGUGGAGAACGGGUACAAGAUGGGCUGUCCAGACGGCUGUCCUGACGUCGUUUAUAACCUGAUGACCGAGUGCUGGAACCUCGAUCCUGGCGUUCGACCGAGCUUUCACAAGCUGAAGGAGCGGCUACAGGAUAUCAGCCAAGGGAUUGGAAAAAGACAUUGAGAAACCUGACACAGCAUUUUACUCCCCACUCAUUUUGACCACUUGAACAGUAAUCUCAGACUGCAUAAUCCAGCAUAUUUUAGUAACAGUGUCAAAAAUGCACCUGUCUUAAUAACAAGCUUCACAUCAGGUUGUUCAAACUGCAGAAAUAAUCUCAGUUGAGUCAGAACAUCACGGUUCAUUGUGUCUUCCUAAUUGUCACAUGGUUAAAACACAGCGCUGCCUCAGAGCCACAGUGCCUUGCCUCUUUGUGUCCUUUACAUUCAUAUAGAUCGUCACGUUGGUGUGGUUCUCAUCCAGAAUUUCCAGAGCAGCAACAUCAUUAAACUCACUCGACUGAAUCUGUUCAAGGAAAAAAUAUGCUUUGAAAAUUAAAGUACAAUUUUGAUACAGGAGUACAAGCUGUAAAUAUUUUUAGAGUUCCAGGUACAAAGUCUUGCACGAAUGUUGGAUUAUUUUGUUCGAUUAAAUUUAGAAAAAAAAGAAAAGAAAAAAAAAAACCUUUUAAUAAUGCAGCUUUUUAUUUUUACUGUGUUGAAGAAAAUAUGUCAUGCCUAAUGUUUGGUCUCUCUGUAAAAUGUGAGGCCAAGUCGAUAACGGAUUUAUUAUGCAAAUCUUUGGAUU